UCACGUUGCCACGCAACGAGACUUUCACCUACCCCAACAACGACUCCAUACAAUCCUACAUCAUAUUAUUCACAUUGUCAGCUUACGCAAGACUAAAACCGAUAUCGUCAUUUCCUUCCCAUCCUAGGUUUCUGUGCUCAGGCGUCGCACCGCUAUGCAACGAACAUGGCAAAUUCGCCCCUCCUAACCCACCAAAUCAACUCCCGCGCCGUUAAGCUGCGAUGCGGUGAGGAUCAGCUCAACGGCUCCCUCAACCUUAUCAGCAACGACGAGUACUUUAACAGAGUCUUUCCAAACUUCUUCCAUAUCUCGGCGUCUGAGACACCGCCAUUCCACCGAGUGACAGCACCGUACAUCAUCCUCCACGCAGUCCAAGGGAUCUCAUGGAUCCAGAGCCAUUUACUACCUGGGCAGCUGUCUGGAGCUUUUGUUGCCGUUACCGACUCGGAGGAGGUGUGGGAAGCCGUUGAAAUGGGCGACAAUAGCGCGUUGAUAGGCGACAUUGACCUCCAAUCUAGCGAGUUUUCUCCGGUAAGGUUCUCGUCUUCAAGCAUACAGCUUCCGCAAGUAAGCGAGUCUAGCUGACAGCACCAUCAGCGUAUCAAAGUCUUCAAAGAUACCGUCAUCGCUCUGCCCAAGAAUAUUCUUCUCGGCACUCACGAGAAGGUUCAU